AUGGACCUCGGGGAGCAUCACGAUGAUAUUGCUUCGGUGCUACUGGAACUGGGCGUUCCUCUGAACCUUGUCCCAGUGUCGGAAGGUUUCCAGCCCACGGGCCACACCGACGUACAGACGUGUGCUCUUAUUCGCGAGCUACGGGCAAAAGAGGACCAGAUGAUCCGGGCGAACAAGUUCGGGGAUGCGCAGAAAGUUGCGCAACACAUGGAGCAGCUUCAUGCCCUGGGGCAAGAGCUCCAAGGCCUCCUAGAGCAGCGAGAGAUGCUGUCGGCUGCCCGCGACGUGCGGAGUCUGGAGCAGCUCGCACCACAAAUCACGGCCCUGGAGACAAAGCGGCUCCACCUGGCAGCGCUCUACGAGACAGACUGGUGGCUGACGGCCAUGUCGGCGCGGUUUGGUCGGGUCAAAGAGGGGGGGCUUGCCCUCCCAGAGUGGAGCGCGAUGGAGCACAGCCUGGAGCUCUCCAUCUCUGCGACCUCCAGCCCAGCGGUAGGCAGCGAGGGGCGAUUCCGGCAGAGCGGCUCCCUACCAGCGCAGGGUGAUUCCAGCAAGGCCCUCGGCGGCGAGGCCCUUCUCACAGCGGACGGCUGA